AUGCUCAACCCGCAGAGAGAGAGACGAUCCGCGGAUUUGAAAAAGAGAAAAUCCCGAAACCACUGCAACGGAGUGCAAAGGUCAGAGCUGAUGGCGCUCACACCCGCCUUCCACAUGCAGAGCGCCUUAGCGCGCUGGUCGCCCGACGGCGAGCUGCUGGCGACGGUCACAGAAAAUCUCGUCAAGAUGAGGCGCGUGACGGCGCCGAUUGCGCCCGCGAUCUUUCCGGCGCCCGCGCGGAUUCUGCAGCUCGCGUGGGCUCCAGACUCUCAGCGCUUCCUCUGUCUGCUGGCUGACCACACAGUUCGUGUCUUUUCCGUGACCGACCAUGAGUGGAGCUGCGGGAUCAACGAGGGCCUUCUGCCGGUCGCCGCCGCUAGUUGGGCUCCGGACUCUCUCCACGUGCUCACGGCUUCAGAUUGCAAGAUGAGGCUCUCGGUGUGGAGCUUGUGCGAGUCGCGUGCCGCCGACGCUCUGACGCUGGUCGUCCAUCGCCCCAAGUUCGCCUCCGCGGGCAACACGUUCAGCCCAAGCGGCAAGCUGUGGGCGGUGUGCACGCGCGUCGACUGCAAAGAUUUUCUUGAGAUCUUCCGCGUCUCGCCCACGCAGUGGAGUCGACUCAGGGAUUUCGAGGUCUGCACGAGCGAUUUGCAGGAUCUGCUGUGGACGCCGAGUGAGACUUCUCUCGUCGUCUGGGACUCUCCCGUGGUGUGCCGAUUUCUGGUCUACCACAUUGCCGGUCAUCUUCUCUUCAAGUUCGAGCCUCAGACUGAAGCGCUCGGCAUUCGCAGCGUACAGAUCGAACCAAAGGCCGAUGCAUUGCUAGUCUCUGGCUACGACGAAACGAUUCGCGUGUUUUCUUUGCUGGACUGGUCGGAGCCGUUUCCGCCUAUGCGGCAUGAGGAGAAGGUGGCCUUUCACGAUCACCUGUUGGUUGUGAGAGAAGAGGUCAACGACGCGUUUGGCGCCACCGCAGAAUCUGAACUCGCUUCGAACUGUGAAAGAGACGGAGAGCCUGACGAGGCGCGGGAAGCCAAACGCCGAGCACCGGUCGUCUACAGGCAGCAGCUUCCCCCCAAGGGCGCGCCGGAGGCAGAAGAGCCGCGAGGCCGAGCGGAAGCAGCGAAGAGCCCAGAAGUCUCAGGCGCCGCUGAAGCCGCUGCGGAGGAUAGUGCCUGCACGGGGCAGCAAAGGCGCGACGGCGCCAACUCGGAGACGCGAGAGGAGUCAUUGGACGCCGGAAGCGACCCCACAGAGGACGGCGAACGCAGGGGGGAGAGAUCUGGCGAGGCACACGCGAAGAAGGUCCCGUGGCUUGCUCUGCCGACAGAAAAGCUACUAGACGCGCACGUUGACGCCAUCCUUGCGAGCGCCCGGUUGAGCUUCAAAGGGACACAGCCCCCUCGGAUGCGGUCGAAAGGGACAGAUUCUUCAACUCUCGGCGGCGUCGCCCAAACCGUCGUCAGCCCAUGUGGCGCCUUCGUCGCCUCGCACAGUGGCAAGUUGCAGAAGCAAACGAGGAAACUCGGAAAAAUCAGAAAUAGACAGGAGUACAGCUCGCAGAGGCGAAGCAGAAAUACAGCUGGAUAG